ACGGUUUGACGUUUAGUCUAGCCUUACUUAUAAAUAUUGCAUGUUUUGAAUCGUUUAAUUCAUUUAUGCUAUCUCGAUAAUACCUAUUGCCCUUGUUUUGCUUUAAAUAAUCGGAACUUCAGGAUGUACACUUUCAUUUGAUUCAUAACAACACUAGUACGCGGCCGUUGUUAUUUUAUUUUUAAUACAAAUUUAGCUACAGCGGGUAGUGGUUGAAAUUGUUGCUAUGAAAUUAUUGUUCUUUUUCUUGUCCCUGGGCGCCGCUCGGGCGUAUGAUUGUCCGUACUGCCAGCCCGAACAAGUUCACAUCGCAUUUGGAGAAAAACCCAACGACAUCGUGCUGACAUGGACCACGUUCAACGACACCCAGGGCUCGUACGCCACCUUCGGGAAAGAACAGCUGACAGACCAGGCCUCCGGGUACAGCACUCUCUUCCGGGACGGCGGCAAGCAGCGCCGCGAGCUGUACAUACACCGCGUAACGCUGCGCGGCCUCGACUAUGACACCACAUACGUAUACAACGUGGGUUCCGAGUUCGGCAUGUCGGAGCGGUUCUCCUUCCACGUGCCGCCCGCGGGCAACGACAUCAAAGUGCGCGCCGCCAUCUACGGCGACAUGGGCAACAGGAAUGCACACUCCCUCUCAUAUCUGCAAGAAGAGGCGGAGCGCGGGGGCUUCGACCUGAUCCUCCACGUGGGCGACUUCGCGUACGACAUGCACGACGACGACGCGAGGGUCGGAGACCAGUUCAUGCGCCAGAUCCAGCCCAUAGCCUCCCUGGUGCCCUACAUGACGUGCCCCGGCAACCACGAGGCCGCCUAUAACUUUAGCAAUUAUCGGGCCCGUUUCUCCAUGCCCGGCGGCACGGAGAGCAUGUUCUACAGCUUCGACCUGGGGCCCGUGCACUUCGUGUCCAUCUCCACCGAGUACUACUACUUCUUCGAAUGGGGCGCGCGUAUGUUGUUCGAGCAGUUUGCUUGGUUGCAAGAAGACUUGACUAACGCUAAUCUACCUAAAAACAGAGCCGAGCGUCCUUGGAUCGUGCUGAUGGGCCACCGGCCGAUGUACUGCAGCAACUCGGACGACAUCGACUGCAGCUUGGAGUACACCCGCCGAGGGAUCCCCUUCAUCGGCCUGAGCCUGGAGCCGCUGCUGCAGCAGCAUGGCGUGGACGUGGUGGUGUGGGCGCACGAGCACUCGUACGAGCGCUCGUGGCCGCUCUACGACGGCAAGGUCUACAACGGGUCUCUGGACCACCCCUACACUAAUCCUGGCGCUCCCGUGCACGUCGUGACGGGCUCGGCCGGCUGCCAGGAGAACCACAGCCUCUUUAAUGCGACGCGACCGCAGUGGUCCGCGUUCCGCACGGAGGCCUACGGCUACACGCGGCUGCAGGCCGAACGCGCACAACUCUACUUCGAGCAGGUGGACGUGGAGCAGGGCGGCAAGGUGGUGGACGGCUUCCGAGUCGUGAAGGACCGCCACGGGGCCUACCGCUACGACUAAACCGUGGACCCGAAUAUACUUACUAGCGAUCAACCACGGGCCUCACACCGCAACCGCUAAACCAUGCCACAGGCCCUGCCCGCCUUAAACAGCCCGAAGGCCCUACAAUUACGACUAAACCAUAGGCUCUACCGCACUACCGCUCUAAACUGUGCCUCUGGUCAUACCGCUAACACAAAGCGACGGGGCCUACCGCUACCAAAAACGUGUCUACAUUUAAACCAUUCGUCGUAAAAAUAAUCUGAUACCUGUACUAUCAAUUAAGGUUCUUAAUAGUGUGGUGUGUAUCAACUGAUCAAGUCAAUACGGAGACCCAUAUUGUCCAUAUUGACUUGAUCAGGCGUCUUCGCCAUAUUGCCAUGGAAAAGACGUAAAUAUGCACUGCAUAAAAUAUGUCCUUUAUUAUGCUUCAAGUACAAUAAAGAUACCUGUUCCCAUCCGAAAUUCUGAUAAAAAGCUCCCUAUUGCAGGUAAAGCAUAUGAAUUCUUCUGGAAAUCCACAUAAUAUAAUACACAUAUAUAAUUAUAGCUUUAUUUAUUGUAAUAUAAUAUCAUGACCUACAUCGAAAGCAUCAAAGGUCAUCUCUUCCACUGGGAGACUUCGUAUCAAUAGAUGUUAGCUAUUAGGAGCUCAAAUACCUACGUUUGUGAUUAGAAUUAUAAAACCUUUGUGAAUUUUACUUAUAUUUUCUUAUGAACAUUGCAUACUUUUAAAAUAGCUCUUAGAAACAACUUAAAUAAAAAAUGUAACGGCAUCUCGAAAUUGUAUACCUAAUUGUAUAUUAGAUACCUAGAAGUUUAGCGCUAAUCGCUGUACUAAAUGUAGGUAGUGCCAAUCAUGUAGGUAAUUGUAUUUGCUAAUAAAUUUUACAAAUAA